AUGUCGGCAGCUCCCGUUUGUAAACCCAAGGGUAAAGCAAAAUCAAUAUCUAAGGGAACGGUUAAAACGCCCGAAAUCUCCCCAUCUUCCACACAGACACUUUCACAAUCUUCGCCAAGGACAGAGCCGAAUGAAUCACCUCCGAAAGAGAAUAGGAUAAUCCCUCAGGAGAUAAUUGAUAACUAUCGACCGUGGGCACCGCCUACCGAAGAACAACCAACUUUUGAAAAAAUAUGGGAUCAAUUAUUCUAUGAACCACAACGAAAGGAGCAAGAGGAAAAACGUCGACGAGAGGAGGAAGAAAGAAAAAAACAACUCAGAAUAUCACAGGAGAUUAUGAGGAAGCACGAGGAGGAGGAACGCAAAAAGAGAGAAAAGGAAAGAGAAUUGGCAGAGGUUGAACGAAGACGUGCUGAAAUUCGUGCCAAACUGCGAGCUGAGAUGGAAACCAAACCAAUAGACUUCUUCUCUCAAUUCAAUGAAAUGGAAGAAUUCAAUCGCAUUCAUUUUGAUUACAUUCGUCGAGGGUACUCUAAGAUUCGCGAUAAGUUUGGGCCUUCACUUCCUGAACUUCCUUAUUUAAUGAGCUUUCAGGAAAGCACUGAUCCCAAUCUUCCAAAGCAACCCAAUGUAAAUGUCACUCCUCUUCACACCCGGAUGUUGACCAAGAUAGACAAUGCUGACAGGCAACAAUUUCCGGCGAAAUUACUUCCACAGAAUCGCCAUAUUGCCCAGCCUAAAUCUCAACUCCAUUGA